AGCCAGAAUUUGGUGCAUACCCGGAUAAGCCGUCGACGCUGUCGUGUGUUAACACCAAAUUUUUCUGUAAAUACCUAACAACCACAUCGCCAUGGAUGACCUGACCAAGGAUCAAGUUGCCCUCCUGAAGAAGGCAUUCGACGCCUUCGACCACGACAAGAAAGGCAGCAUCGGCACAGACAUGGUGGGCACCAUAUUGACCAUGUUGGGCUACGAGCUCAGCGAAAAGACACUGAAGGAAAUCAUUAAUGAAGUGGACGAAGACGGAUCCGGUCAGCUGGAGUUCGAGGAGUUCUGCACCCUGGCCGCCAGAUUCCUAGUGGAGGAGGACUCCGAGGCGAUGCAACAGGAGUUGCGCGAGGCCUUCCGGUUGUACGACAAGGAAGGCAACGGGUACAUCACCACAGAGGUGUUCCGCGACAUUCUCCACGAGCUGGACGACAAACUGACGCCCGCGGAACUGGACAUGAUGAUCGAGGAGAUCGACGCCGACGGCUCCGGAACGCUGGACUUCGACGAGUUCAUGGAAGUCAUGACUGGAGGAGAUGACUAGACUGCGAGAUGAUUCACCAGGAUGGAUAAAGGCUACGAUUAAGUACAACUAUCAAACGCUCUUUGCACUUUUCUUGGAGACAAAGGGCAGAGAGUACGCCGCAGGUCGACGUUCAUCAUUGUCGUUGACCAGUCGCGAGUACUUCUCCAUUGGAUGAUCAGCGUUUUGAUGUUACUAUACGCUGUACAACAAUGACACUCUGUCGUGAAAACUUCGGAGGAUGGGAAUGAGGCUCAAUAAAAACUCCUUGAUACGAAACAAAUUUUUUUCUUAAUUAAAACGUAUUCCGAACCAACGCAGUUGUUGAAACGUUGUGUAAUACUUUCUGUAAUCUUGAUUUUACUAAAUUUUUAUAACAUCUGAGUGAACUCUGCGAGCUUGUAGAAUCGACUAGACGCCUGAGUAACUGCAAUCGAGUACGCUAUCCUGUAUGAAGUGCAAAGUGUCACGGGGGGCUGUGAAAUAAAAAAGUAUUGGAAACAAGGGAAAUUAAAA